UCCUUAUUUACGUAUCAAAAAUUAAUGAAGGGUCACGUAACUUUUGUUGGAUUGUAGAAUUUUUCAAGAAAAGCUGUAACCAGUAACAAAAUUCUCAAUUAAUCAAUCAUUCAUUGCUCCGCCCACUGUACAUUCUCAAGAAACAGAAAGUACAACAACAAAUUGUUGAAACAGAUGAACAGCAAAACACAAAGCAUUCUCUGGAUUCUCCUGUCUUUCUUCUCUCCUCUUUAACAACUUUGUCUUCACUGAUAAGUUUAACCUUUCCAAUCGAAAAAUGGGGGAAAAACUGAAAGUUCCAGCAGUUUCAGCACUUCCUGCACUAACAAUUCCACCUAGGGAAACAUUUUUUGGUGGUGGAAAUAUGUCUUAUUUUAGCCCAGGUCCAAUUACCCUUGUGUCCAGCUACUUCUCUGAAUCUGAGCACCCUUCUUUCUCUCAGCUCCUUGCUGGGGCCAUGGCUUCUCCACUAGCAAAACCCCUUUUGACUAAAGAAGAAGAAGCUAAUUGUAAAGAGGGGAAUUUAGGGUAUAAGCAGAAUCGACCGAUGAGUUUAAUGGUGGCUCACUCUCCUUUCUUUACCCCUUUUAGUCCUUCUGGAUUGCUUAAUUCACCUGCCUUUCUUUCCCCACUUCAGAGUCCGUUUGGGAUGUCACACCAGCAAGCCCUAGCACAUGUUACAGCGCAGGCAGCAUUAUCCCAGUCUUACCUACAGGGGACAUCAGCACAAGUAUUAGGGACAUCUGACCUAGACGAAUCUUCUUUACAACCUCAAUUAGAUACUAUGCCGUCAGACCAGCAGAUUAAGAAGUUUGAACUGCCACAGAUUUCUCAAUCUGAGGAAAAGCCAUACCUUAAUUCAGUCGAUAAGCCAGCUUCUGAUGGUUACAAUUGGAGGAAGUAUGGCCAGAAGAUGGUUAAGGCAAGUGAAUGCCCUCGGAGCUACUAUAAAUGCACACAUGUCAAAUGUCCUGUCAGGAAGAAGGUUGAGCGAUCCGUUGAUGGUCACGUAACUGAGAUAACAUAUAAAGGCCAUCACAAUCACGAGCUUCCUCAACCAAACAAACGCAGAAGAGAUAGUGGUGCUCAGGAUGGUUCAGACUGCUCCAAAGCUAACCCUGAAAUUGAAACACAUACUGAGAUAGAAACCAGCGGCUUAAAUGGGGCGCAUCUUGCUCAUUCUGAGCAGGUGUCUACUGAAAGGGCAUCUGAACCUCCAGUUUUGAAGGAUUAUGAUGAAAUUGUGGACACUGCAACAGCAACAGGCAAGGAACAGGAUGAUGAAUCAAAUGUGAAGAGAAUGAAGACAACAGUCGAGACUCCUAUUCUUUUUUCAUCACAUAAAGCGGAAUCAGAAUCCAAGAUUGUUGUGCAGACAAGGAGUGAAGUAGACAUUUUGGAUGACGGGUUCAAGUGGCGUAAGUAUGGGCAAAAAGUGGUGAAGGGGAAUCAUCAUCCGAGGAGUUAUUACCGUUGCACAUAUCCUGGAUGCAAUGUUCGCAAACAUGUUGAGAGGGCUUCAACAGACCCAAAAGCUGUCAUAACAACAUAUGAAGGCAAACACAAUCAUGAAAGUCCCAUUGCUAGAAACAGAAGCCAUAGCGCAGCCCAAGAUAGUACUUGUCAGUUGAACGAGCAAGAGAUUGCAACUUGGAGGCCUUCACUUCAUGAAAAAGUUGCUCUUCAUGCCAAUGAAAUACCAGUGUGUAGGCAGCUGAAAGAUGAACAUAUGGCAGCAUAAUUUGCAUUACUAAAUGGGAAUGGGUGAAUAUUUUUCUUUGUGAGACCAAUAACAGAAAAAAUCCUUCUUGAAACCUUCAUGCUGAUGUAUGCAUCUGUACACUAGUCUCAGAAAUUGUUUGUAAAUCUUAUGGCUACUUGCUAAAGAUGUCUAUACAUUGUUGGUGGAAGGUGUUCUAAUAGUUUGUCCUCAGUAGUAUGAAUUUCUGGGCUUCUCUGUUAAUUCCGGGUGUCAGCCUAAAAAAUUAGUAAUUGCAUUUGAAGAGCUUUUUGGCAAA